AUGAAUAUUUCUGAGAGCAGUGGGAUCGGCACAGUUCUGCCUCUAACUAGUUUCGAGAACGUGCUCGUGUUUCUCUUCAAUAUAAUUCUCGCCACAGCCAUUAUUUUUAUUAACGUCUCCCUGUUCGUAUCCAUCGUGAUGAACAGAUCACUGCGCAGCGAGAACCGCUUCAUGUACAUGCUCAGCACGUGUCUCAGUGACAUCUGCACUGGCGUCUCGUAUUAUUAUGCUGGAGUUAUGGAUGUACGCGAUAAUUUUGAUUCUCCGACUCGCACUUUCUUAAUCGUUCCCACUUUUCUGGGUCUGUCCUAUAUGGCGAUUCUGGCCGCGCAAGCGGACCGCUACCACGCGGUCUCCGCGCCUUUCAAAUACUCGCAGCGCAUGACGCGCAACAAAACCCUGCUGGUGAUUCUGGCCUACUGGGUUUAUGCAUUUAUUUUAGUGGCUGUUUAUAAUUUGGUGACUACGGGGGUCGCUGAGGCGGUGACGGGCUUGGGUACUUUUGUGGCAAACAUUUUUAGUAUUAUUAUCAUGAUUGGCUUGAACUUCAGGCUGUUUUUCAUCGCCAAAUUUCAGCUAGAACGCGAACCCCCGAGCGAGGAACGCGACAACAAGCGCGCGUCCGUUUAUCUCAUCAUAAUAGUAGCCGCGUGUUUUCUGAUCGCAUGGCUGCCGUGGUUUCUUCUUAUGAAUGUUUGUACUUUUAGAGGAGAUUCGUGUUAUCCGUUUAGAAAUGACGGCACAGACCCACUGCGUAUCUUGCCGCGUCUCAAUGCAGUCACCACACCUUUACUGUACAUCAGAGGCUGUACUCCACUCAGGAGCACCGUUAUGAUUCAUGUCUGGAGAAUACCAUGCUGCAAGAGGAAAGGGGUGAAGCCACAGAAUAUGGAGCAGACUGUAGAAAAGAUGUAGUGGGAUCUUCAGGAUGUGAGAAUCUUUAAAUGAUAGAACUUUAUAGAGACUUUAAGAAUACACUGGCCAAAAGAAAAACGAGGGGAAAAAAAGUUCCAUUUGAAUUUAAAUAAGUAAAUGCUUAUGAGAUCAUGACUGGAUCAUUAUUGCAGUGAUUAAUGUUUCUAGCAUGUGGUUGACAACAAUAAUUUGCACCUUUUUAUUUCCUAAACAACCAUGUUGAAAGAUGUAUUUCAUGGCCAAAUUUUAGGAUGAUGAUGAUGUCAGGAUUCAGUAGGUACAAACUGUAAAAUAUGGUUCAGGUAACAUAAGAAAUCCUUUUCACACAUAAAUUGGCCACCACAGAGUCCAGAGAUCCACUGAAAGUCUUUGGAUGUACUGGAGUCAACUUUACGGAGUGGUUUGAUUGUCCCAUUGUCAAUUCAAGAUCUUUGUCAAAAAUUAAUGCAACUUUUAAAGGAAAAAUAUUUUGUGACAUUGCAUAAUAUUUUUUGAAACAGUGCCAUGAUAACAAAAUACUGCAACAAAAUAUUACAGCAUGCAACAACUUAUUUAUUUAUUUAUUUUGGCCAGUGUAUAUUAAAAUAUUCAGUAAACAUCUGUGAAUGUAAAACACAAGUUAAAGCUGACUCUAUGAGCAGUUUCAUGUCCCUGUCCCUUUUUUUCCACUUGAUAUAUCUGUUGUAUCUUGAAAUAGCAUUUAAUAGAGCAAAUGUACUACUGCUUAUGCGUCUUAAUUUUACCUUCUUAGGAAGUAACUUGU